CAAUAGGAUUAGAACCUAACUGAGUAGGAGAGAAAAUAAAAAAUUGAUUACAAAAUGCUUCUCUUUCCCAAUAGAUUAGAACCUAACUGAGUAGGGGAGAAAGGAAAAUUUGGUAACUCUGCUGUUCUGAUUCAUUUCUUACUCCCAUCUGUUGCCAUUGUUGACCAGCCCCUUCAUUUUUAAUAUAUACACACAACAACAGUCAUAUUAGGGGUCUGAUUCUCUUGUAAAUAAAGGCUUUUUUCCAGUUGGGUUUGGGCUAAAUUUGGCUGUUGUGUGAUCUUGGGUUAUUCGGUCAUUCUGUGUUUUUAUGUUUUAGGGUUGUUGAAUUUGUGAAUUUUGGGAGGAUGAAGGGAAAGAUUGGGACUUCAGGAACUUACUUUGUGCUGAAUACCGGGGCUAAAAUUCCGGCUAUAGGGCUGGGGACUUGGCAAAGUGGUGGUGACCUUUGUGUUGAAGCAGUGAAGACUGCAUUAUCUGUCGGUUAUCGUCAUAUAGAUUGUGCACAUCUUUACGGGAAUGAGGUGGAAGUUGGGGAAGCCUUGGCCGAAGCUUUUAAAGGCUCAUUAAAGAGGGAGGAUCUCUUUUUGACGUCUAAAUUGUAUUGUACGUUGAAUUCGAUUAAUAAAAUUGAAAAAUCUGUUAGAGUUUCGCUUAAGAACCUCGGAGUGUCGUAUUUGGAUCUUUAUUUGAUGCAUUGGCCUGAAAGCUCUGCAUUUGGGGAUGCUACUGAUCCUCCUGCACAUUCCAGCAGUGAAUAUAGGCAAUUCUUGAAUAGAUUGAAAUCAACAUGGAAAGCAAUGGAAGAUCUAAUACAGUUGGGACUUGUUCGAGCAAUUGGAGUUAGCAAUUUCAGUCUGCCGCAGAUGGAAGAAUUGCUUAAAUUCUCCAAAAUAAUACCCGCAGUUAAUCAGAUGGAGUUGCAUCCUUUUUGGAGGCAAGAUGAACUAGUUAAGUUCUGUCAGUCAAGAAGUAUACAUGUAUCUGCUCACACACCAUUGGGAGUUCCAAGUUCCAGUCCUGCUCUCUCCGAAAGUGGAUCAGGUGAGGAAGAUGAACCUGGAACCCCUCGCAUUUCUUUUAGAAGGUCAAGAUCAGUGCACGGGCCUAUGUUGAAAUUGUCAGUUGUUGCCGAGAUAGCAGACAAGCAUAAGAAAACACCAGAACAGAUUAUUUUGAAGUGGGGUCUUCAAAGAGGGACAAGUGUACUGCCAUGUAGCGUAAAGCCUGACCGUAUAAGAAAAAACAUAGACAUAUUCAGCUGGUCAUUGUCUGAUAGUGAAUGGAACCGCCUGAAUCAGAUAGAGCCCCAGAUAUGCUUAUUCGGGAAUGGUCCUAUGACAAGCUUUUCCGAUAGUGCAUUUGUUCAUGGUAGUGGCCCACUUCAAGCUGUGAAUGAGAUGGAAGAUGAUGCAGAAUCCAAUUCAUGAUGUUUAGCUCCAUGCUCUACAAUUUUAUUUCACCAAACAUGUUGAUGUAAUUUUGUGUGAUAUGUUUGUUUGAAUGCUUUUGUUUCCCAAGUUGAAUGACAGUGCAAAGUUAAAGGAACAUUUAUAAAGCAAAUUCGAGUA